UUCAGAUGAGAACGAUUAGAUUCGUUUGCUUUGGUGUACUGCUGAUUCCAGUUUCCUUUUUGGUCGCACAGGAGAACGAUAUACUGUUAGAUGAGUUCGCGCCAGCAAUUGCUCGACAGGUCCCGGCAGAUGAUCUUCUUUACCCGGAUCCAGUUAAAUGUGCUGGUGGGCGGUGGUUCGUUUGCGUCGGCUGCCGUACGAUAAAGAUAUGUCUGGGACAGGCGAAUGACAACGACAAUCCUACACAGAUAUGCCCGGUCGAUAGUCCCUAUUGCAACACGGCAGAAGGAAGUUGUUCAACGAUUCCGGAUGAUAGCCAGGAACAGUGUUCCGUCCAGGCAGCGACGCAGUUGAAACUUCGUUGUACUUCCAGAGGACAAUUUCCGGAUCCACGCACGUGCGAUGGAUACUAUUUUUGUGAGCAAAGUGGCUCUUUUGGCGAUCCGUAUAAAUGUCCUCCGAAAUACACUUACAACAGCAGGUUGCAGUUGUGUAAACGACGCGGUAGUAAAAGAUGCAAUACGGUUAACUGCACUUCGAACAACUCAAUUUUGACUGCUUAUCCUUCGAACCCACAGUAUUUCUAUUACUGUCCGAAGGACGUCGGUAAAGAUCCUUUGCCAAUUAUGUUUUCAUGCGGCGACCGAGCCACUUUCGACAGUAGUGCCAAAAAGUGUGUGUAUAAGUGCCCGCGGCAAGGAUUGUUUGUGAAGUCGAACAACCCAAAUAUGUAUUACCAGUGUUAUAGGUCAAAUGGAAGGCUUACAUACUCGGAAAAAUUUUGUCCAGCGGCUAAUCAAGUGUUUGACAACGAUAAGAAAGUGUGCGUCGUACCUGGUGUUUCAUAUAGGCCUAGAUUUAGUUUCAUAGUUGUAGUACGAGGAUAG